CUCGACUCAGUGGGGUCGGUUUUUCCCACAACCAAGUCCGAGGUAGCUUGAUCUCACUUCCUGCUUUUUCUCAGGAGAGGCAGAAUCAACAUGGCGGCUCAGGCUCCCGCAGAAGAGCUGAACAAGCUCACAGUCAACGACGCUGCCGCCACUACCAAGGCCACGGCGCAGGGUGGUGUUGCCGACCAGGACAGUGAUGGCUCGGAUGACGAGGCAGACGAUGGCAACGCUGAUGCCCAGGUAGAGGGCGAAGGCGCAGCCAAAAAGAAGAAGAAGAAGAACAAGAAAAAGAAGAAGAAGAAGAAGGCAACCACCCAGUCCGACCCCCCACGAGUCCUCCUGUCACAGCUGUUCCCCAAUGGCAGCUACCCCAAGGGCGAGGAGGUCGAGUACAUCGGGGAGGAGAACCUCAGGCGCACGACCGACGCCGAGGUACGGGAGCGCGAGCGGCUGCUCAUGAACGAUGACUUCCUCCGCGACUACCGACACGGCGCCGAGACACACCGGCAGGUGCGGCAGUGGGCGCAGAAGUGGAUCCAGCCGGGCAUGGGGCUCACCGAAAUCGCCAACGGCAUCGAGGAUAGCGUACGGGCGCUUGUAGGCCAUUCGGGGCUGGAGGAGGGCGACGCCAUCGUGGCGGGUAUGGGCUUCCCGACCGGCCUGAACCUGAACGACGUUGCAGCGCAUUACUCGCCCAACGCGAUCAACAACAAGGUUUUUGGACAGGACGACGUCAUGAAGAUUGACAUCGGCGUGCACGUCAACGGCCGCAUCGUGGACAGUGCCUUCACCAUGGCCUUUGACCACAAGUACGACAACCUGCUGGAGGCGGUCAAGGCAGCCACCAACACUGGUGUGAGGGAGGCAGGCAUCGACGCCCGGCUCGGCGAGAUCGGCGGGGCCAUCCAGGAGACCAUGGAGAGCUACGAGAUCGAGCUGGACGGCAAGACAUACCCGAUCAAGUCGAUCCGCAACCUGAACGGGCACACAAUCCACCACUACAGCAUCCAUGGCGACAAGAGUGUGCCCAUUGUCAAGACCGAGGACCAGACCAAGAUGGAGGAGGGCGACGUGUUCGCCAUCGAGACAUUCGGCAGCACCGGAAACGGCUACGUGAGGGAUCAGGGCGAAGUGUCGCACUACGCGCUCAUGGCCGAUGCGCCCAAGGUGGACCUGAGGCUGUCGUCAGCCAGGUCGCUGCUCAGCACCAUCAAGAAGAACUUUGGCACCCUGCCGUUCUGCAGGCGGUACCUGGAUCGCAUCGGCUGCGACAAGUACCUUCUGGGGCUCAACAACCUUGUCAACACCGGCAUCGUGCAGGACUACCCUCCGCUGGUUGACAAGAAGGGGUCCUACACGGCGCAGUUCGAACACACCAUCCUGAUCAAGCCAAGCUGCAAGGAGAUCAUCAGCCGAGGAGACGACUAUUAAGUUAACCUAGGGCGGAGUUCGCAACCUGGGCUAAUAGACAGCGCUGUAUCCGUAGUGCAUAAUGUUGCGUGAUACAUCAUCAACAUUAUGACAGCAACCAAAAUGUGGGUUGCGCGUUGCCUGCUUCAUGGUUCCCCGUCCCCCUCCGCGGACGGUGCUCUCUUUGCUCGGUCAAACCGACAGUCACCAUUAGAAUCAUAGUAAAGGCCCCUUUGGAGCGGAGUCGCGAGCAGACUAUCUUACUGCACGCGCAGUUCAGGGGAACUCGUCGCCAAGCUGUAUCCUGAUUCUGAUAGCUGGCCUCGCUGGUAUGCAGUAACCACGGGAUUGGGGUUAUCACGAAUUAGAUACUAGGCAUAAUCCAGGACCAGGACAUCACCCUCCUCUUUACGCAACAAGCCAGGCAUCAGUAUCGCGGCUUGUGCAAAUUAUGGACGCCACAUGCUGGACUGUCAGGGCCGGGUGCUGUCAAGGAACGCGGAUAUGACAACAUACAUCCGUAAAGACAAAUGGAACGGCCUCGAAUCGGCGUCGAUGUUUUUGUCGUGUGCCCCAAUGCGUGACGUUCCGGCCGGCCGAUCGCGCUCAUCAUUCGCUCAGCGGCAUCAAAUGCAUGGUUCGCGGAGCCGGUAUGACCCGCAAAAACAAAAGGAUCUUCCCUAUGACCAACCUAGCAGAUCGCCACUAAGUCGAGGCGGUGGACUGUUAGCGCACGGUUUGUCACAGACCGCGUCCCCGCCGUCCCCGCCCCGCCGUCGGUUCGUCCCCCCCUUGCAGCCUUUGUCGACCCCGGCUUCUUGGGGCCAAACUGGCAUCUCGUGAUUGGCUCGAUAAAACACUUGGUUCCGAUCUACUUUCGUUCGCCCUUUCGCCGCCGCCGCCAGAAUUUUCGAAACUCUAAUCAGCGGCCCCAUUAAAAACGCGCACCCUGUCGCUCUCCGCUAUCUUUUGCCAUCUUGUGAAAAUCCUCCAUCUUCCAGUCACACGUUCACCACCAGGCUUGGACUGCCAAUACUUUCCUUUUCACCCUUUCACUUAUCGAGUCGUUUGCAUAGACGUUGAUUUCCUACAAAAAGCCGACCCAGACUGAGAUAAAAGAGUCAAGAGUCAAGAGU